AUUACGAAACUGUCAAAACAUUUUUUGAUCCCGUUAUUGGCAGAAUAAUUCGAUUAAUACGUAGGCAGUUAGAGGAAAGUGACGGUGAUUGUUCUGCAAUAUUUUUGGUUGGUGGAUUUAGCGAAUCACUUUAUUUACAGAAAAGAAUUAAAGGUGAAUUUAAAAAACACGUUUCUAUUGUUUCAGUUCCUUCUGAACCGGCAUGUGCAGUUGUUAGGGGAGCAGUUGAGUACGGGUUGAAUACAGAAAACGGAGGAAUACGUACGUUUCAUCAGAUAGCCAAGAAAGGUCAACGAGUUGAAGUUGGACAAUUAAUUAUACAAAUACCUGAUGUUCAUUCAGGAAUAAACGGACAUAUUGAAUUCGAAUGUACGUUUUGUUUCGAUCGAGACGAAAUUACUGCCAUUGUUAAAAAUAAAGAAGGCGGCAGAGAAUAUAAAUGUGAAUUUGAAUUAGAAUUUUAA